CCUUCAAUUUAACUGCAGCCAGCUUCCACGGGGUGGCAGCGUUUUCCUCAUUUGUAGGGUAUCUGCCGGAAAAUGCACCGAUACUUUUUUGUUUUGUGUUGCCUGCCGGUAUCCUAUGCCACAUCAUAGGCCACCUCGGCACCUAUUUGCUGCUGAACUGCAUCAACAUGUUUAAAAUUCGGCCACUCAAACAACGUGAAGUCCCAAAUCCUCCCCAAAGGAGCAAAACAUUAAUUGUCAUACUCACAACUGUGUUCAAUUAACAGAAAAGGUGUUCUAAACAGUUGCGUGAACUUUUUAAUUCGACAAGAUUAAUAUCAGGUCUUCGCAGGACAACUGGAAAUAACGAAUUUAAGCUAUUUUUAAUCGAAAUGCAGGCUAUAACAGUGAGGUCAUUUCAAUUGUGGGCGUAACGGGGUAGUUCUGCAAGGCGUGACUUUGUCUAGGGCUUCUCUCAAAUUGCUGGAGGUAUAGAGAAAGUUGGAAAAGGAUUACAAUAGCCAACAGUUAUCCACGCCGCAGCUCUUUUCCAGUAAGAAUAACUCUCUGGAAAAUCACAUUAGAAGGAGCCAUCAGGUUGCUGAGUUGCUACCACCAUGCCGGCUACCUGGUCACUACCCUGUUUUUUGGCCAAGUUCAUGUGUUUAUGGAGUCUCUGCCAGACCCAGUACGAGCACCUGGGCUACCCACCGGGUUUCCCCGAUCCCACCAUUGAGCAGUACACAGCCCCAGAGCUCCCAGCCGAUACACCCAGGAUACAGCUACGUCUGGCGGGGGAUAAACGCAAGCACAACGAGGGCCGUGUGGAGGCGUACUAUGAAGGCGAGUGGGGGACUGUGUGUGAUGAUGACUUCACCAUCCAUAAUGCACAUGUGGUGUGCAAGGAGCUAGGCUAUGUGGAAGCUGUGUCCUGGUCCCCAUCAUCCAAGUAUGGGAAGGGAGAAGGUCGCAUCUGGUUUGAUAAUGUCCACUGCACUGGGAAGGAGAGGACCCUGGCUCUUUGUCCCUCAAAUGGAAUCGGGGUGUCAGAUUGCAAGCACUCUGAGGACGUGGGUGUCGUGUGCAGUGACAGGAGGAUCCCAGGUUUCAAGUUUAUCAACACUAUGACCAACAAUAUAGACAGUUUAAACAUCCAUGUGGAGGACGUCCGCAUCCGUGCAAUUCUCUCUUCGUUUCGCAAGCGCACACCGGUGACGGAGGGCUAUGUGGAGAUUAAAGAUGGUGGCCGCUGGAGGCAGAUCUGUGAUGAAGAGUGGACACAGACGAACAGCCAUGUCAUCUGUGGCAUGUUCGGCUUCCCCGGGGAGAAGAAAUACAACACCAGAGUUUACAAGAUGUUUGCCCGCAGAAGGAGGCCCUCUUAUUGGGAUUACUCUGUCAACUGCACUGGAAACGAGGCCCACCUCUCAGGCUGCACACUGGGCCAGGUCCUCACCACCAAGGGCAACAAGACGUGCGGACAGGGCCUUCCCGUGGUGGUGAGCUGCGUCCCUGGCCGCUCCUUCGCCCCGACUCCCCUGACGGGCUACAGGAAAGCCUUCAGGCACGAGCAAUCUCUGGUGCGUCUGAGAGGUGGUGGAGUGGUGGGAGAGGGCCGUGUGGAAGUGCUGAAGAACGGAGAGUGGGGCACCAUCUGCGACGACAACUGGAACCUCAUGGCGGCCACGGUGGUGUGCCGAGAGCUGGGCUUCGGCAGUGCCAAAGAAGCCCUAUCUGGUGGACGGCUUGGACAGGGAAUGGGCCCUGUCCACUUGAAUGAGGUGGACUGCACAGGCUUUGAGAAGUCCAUCACGGAGUGUUCCUUCAGCAUGGACAACGAGUCGCUCGGCUGCAGUCACGAAGAGGAUGCAGGUGUACGGUGCAAUAUCCCAGCCAUGGGCUUUCAACAAAGGCUUCGCCUCGGUGGUGGAAGGAGCCCGUUUGAGGGCCGCGUGGAGGUCCUGGUGGAGAAGAACGGGACUUUGGUGUGGGGCACGGUGUGCAGCGAGAGCUGGGGCACCAUGGAGGCCAUGGUGGUGUGUCGACAGCUGGGCUUGGGCUUCGCUAGCAGCUCCUUCCAGGAGUCGUGGUACUGGCCGGGGCACGUGAGUGCUGAUGCGGUGGUGAUGAGCGGCGUGAGAUGUUCGGGUACGGAGAUGUCUCUGUCGCACUGCCUCCAUCACGGAGAGUACCUCCACUGUCCGCGAGGAGGAGGACGCUUCGCCGCCGGUGUCUCCUGUUCUGAGACGGCCCCAGACCUGGUCCUGAAUCCCCAGGUGGUGGAGGAGACUACGUACCUGGAGGACCGGCCCAUGAUCAUGCUCCAGUGUGCCUAUGAGGAGAACUGCCUGGCCACCUCGGCCAGCUCCACCCCGGCCAACUCCUUCCGCCGCCUGCUGCGCUUCUCCUCACAGAUCCACAACAACGGCCAGUCCGACUUCCGGCCCAAGCUCAACCGAGAGUCCUGGGUCUGGCACGACUGCCACAGGCAUUACCACAGCAUGGAAGUAUUUACUCACUACGACCUUCUGAGCCUUAAUGGCACCAAAGUGGCGGAGGGCCACAAGGCCAGCUUCUGCCUGGAGGACACUGAGUGCGAUGAGGGCAUUGAGAAGAGAUAUGAGUGUGCAAACUUUGGUGACCAGGGUAUCACAGUGGGUUGCUGGGAUACCUACAGACAUGAUAUUGACUGCCAGUGGAUUGACAUUACAGAUAUCAAACCAGGAGAUUAUAUAUUCCAGGUUGUUCUCAACCCCAACUUUGACGUUCCAGAAUCAGACUUCUCCAACAAUCUGGUGAAAUGCCGAUGCCGCUAUGACGGCCACCGCAUAUGGAUGUACAGCUGUCACAUAGGUGGUUCAAUGAGUGCCGAGGUGGAAGAGACUUUCCCUGGGCUCCUGAACAACCAGGUGACCCACAGGUAAAAGAAGAGAUCAGAGAGGACAGAGGGAGCAAAUAGGAACCCACCACAGCUGUGAGACUACCAAAUGCCCCUAACCACUACAGCCCUCGUGUUUCCUUGUGAGCAGACCCUGAACUCCUCAGAGACACGUGCAUCUCAUACUAGCAUCCACUUCAUGGUACGGUAUCCAUAAGCUGCUAUAGGCUUUCUCAUCACACAUCAUGCC